AGGUUUCACACACGCUGAACCGUAGCGAUCGGACAGUGGGCGGCAGGGAGAGAGAGAGAGAGAGAAAGCGAGAGAGAGCAUUACUGCCCCAGCCCCCCCCUCUCAUCCCUCUCUUUUCCUGUCUGUUCUCUUUCAUGCUUCAGACUGUUUAGUUACAGACACGCACAUUCAGGGGAAACCCAACACCAGCCGCGGCACAGGAGUGCGCCUGUUUAUGCUAUAACUGAAGAACACCGACCGGCUUGGUUGCAAUUUUGUUUUCCGUCAGAGAAGCAAAGCCCGGUGAAGCGAAAGGCGUGGACUAGGCUCUUUCGGCAACGCUCCCUCUAACUUGAUUUCUUUUUUCGCCGGCCCAUGUUUAUGACGUUAGCUUUGGAUUAGCAGGGCAAAGGGAAUAGUUUCAAAGGUCAGCUGAGAUUCCAGACUGCCGGCUGAGGGGGCAGUCUGAGCUGGGCAGUCUGAGAGGCAGAGCAGUCGCAGUGGAGUUUGACGCGAAGAGAGGAAAGAGAGAGUGAAAGAGACAAACAUAGUGAAAGAGUGAGAGAGAAAGGGCAUAAAGAGGAAAAGAGAGAGGGCACAGGGGGCUUGCCUGGGGCGCCUCAAGAGCUCUUCCAGAGGGAGUUAGCACACGGAGCUUCAGCCAGAAGGGACGCCAGCUCUGACGAGAGUGUGCUGGGCGGUGAGGUUGACCGGGCUGGCUGCCACCUCUCCCUUCCUCUUUCUCUUUCUCUCUCUCCCCCUCUCUCUUUCUCUUUCACUGACUCUCUUUCACUGACUCACUGACUGAGGAGAGGGAAAAAUGUCCAUCUCCCUGUGGAAUAAGAAGUCUGUGUGCGCUGAGAACCGGAGAAACUGAGUGGCGGGUGGGCAGUGCGAGAUCGGAGUUCCACUGGCUGAGAACGGUGCUGGCUGUUUGUUUGGUGGGAACGCGGGACAUGUGAGAGGAGUCCGCCAUGGGGAACAUGUGCGGCUGCGUGCGUGGGCCGAAGGAGGAGUGCUACGUCGACCCCAACAAGGCCCCGCUCACGCCGGGCGUCAAGGAGCUGCGCGGCGGCCGCCGCUACUUCCAGAGGAGGAAGAAGCGCAAGUCGGGCGACUUCCAGCCCGGAGACUCUCUGAAGAGCCGCGGAGGGGAGAGCGUCCAGAGCGAAGCCCAGCAGGACCCUCCCCUGGGCCAGGCUCCCGAGAGCCAUGAGAGGGCCGCUGGGUCCCGCGAGACGGAGGCGGCAAGGCCCAAACUGGGCAGCCUCAGCGAGGGAGUUUAUGUUGGAGAGGUUCCCGUGGUCUCCAAAUCCCGCGGAGGAGCUUCAGCCACGUGUCGGAAAAAGCUUGCGUUAGCGCACGGAGCGCGCCGGUCGAGCGAUGCCGGCGACGAUGUGGACGGUCAACCGGACGCUGCCGUGGAGCGAAACCUUCACGGCGUGACCCGGACCUCGCGGCGCGUGGCCCCCAAGGACAGCCUGCUGGAGCGCCGGCUCCUGCAGAGGCAGUUGCGGCGGGCGGUCAGUUUCGGGGCUGUUGAGCACAUGCUACGGACGCUGCGGGCCGGUCAGCGGGACGCAGAGGACCGCAUGCUAGAGGACGUGAAGGGUCUCCGCAGACUCAUGUGGAGCACGCAAGUUCACAGGAAGCGGAGGAGGGCACACACAUGCUCAGAUGCUUCCGUUUCCCAGGGUUCCCUGGACGGCAUCCAAAAACCAGUCAAGUACAUGACCGUCAAACCCUCUGAGAUCUCGGACAUCCAUGUGACGGGAGAGUCCGAGGACAUGACAGCCAAGGAGCGUCUGCUGCUCUGGUCUCAGCAGAUGACAGAGGGCUAUGUGGGCGUCCGCUGUGACAACUUCACUACCUCUUGGAGGGAUGGAAGACUGUUCAACGCCAUCAUUCACAAAUACAGGCCUGACCUGAUUGACAUAAGCAGAGUGUCAGUGCAGACCAGCAGGUCGAAUCUGGAACAAGCGUUCGGUGUGGCCGAGCAGCUCGGUGUUGCCAGAUUACUGGACCCAGAGGAUGUGGAUGUACAAACUCCAGACGAGAAAUCUGUCAUUACCUACGUUUCAACACUGUAUGAUGUCUUCCCAAAAGUACCUGAGGGGGCUGAAGGUGUCAGUGCAAAUGAUGUCGACAUUAAAUGGGUGGAAUACCAGAACAUGGUGAAUUACCUCAGCCAAUGGAUCAAACAUCACGUGGCUGUCAUGUCUGACAGAACGUUUCCCAACAACCCUGUGGAGCUCAAGGCACUUUAUACACAGUAUCUGCAGUUUAAGGAGAGUGAAAUCCCACUAAAGGAGAAUGAGAAGUCAAGGAUCAAGCAUCUGUAUAAAAUGUUAGAGGUGUGGAUUGAAUUUGGUCGUAUCCACCUUCCCCAAGGCUACCAUCCCAACGACGUGGAGAAGGAGUGGGGGAAGCUGAUCGUGGCCAUGCUUGAGCGGGAGAAGAGCCUGAGGCCAGAAGUGGACAGACUUGAGAUGUUGCAACAGAUUGCAAACAGAGUGCAGCGGGACUGUGUGGCCGGUGAAGACAAGCUAGCAUUAGCACGCACAGCUCUGCAGUCUGAUGCCAAGCGGUUGGAAUCGGGGAUCCAGUUCCAGAAUGAGGCGGAGAUUGCGGGGUAUCUCCUGGAGUGUGAGAACCUUCUGCGGCAGCAGGUGGUGGACAUCCAGAUUCUCCUGGAUGGCAAAUUUUACUUGGCUGAUCAACUUGUUCAAAGGGUCUCCAAGCUUCGGGAUGACCUGCUGACCCUCAGGUCGGAGUGUUCGUCGGUCUACAGUCAAGGCCGCACACUCACCACGGAGCAGACCAAGAUGAUGAUCUCGGGGAUCACGCAGAGCUUAAACUCAGGUUUCUCUCCCAACCUCAGCGCUGGACUCACCCCCGCGCUCACCCCCGCCACCCUCACCCCCGGGAGCCUCGCCUCUGGCCUGACGCCGUGCCUAACCCCCGCCAUGACCCCCGCCAUGACCCCGGCAAUGACCCCAGGCCUGCAGACCUACGUUAGUGGAGGAGGCGGUGGCGGUGGUGGUGGUCUUGGUGUUGGAGGGAUGGGCAUGGGGACUCUUCAGCACCUCAAACAGAUGCAGAUCCGCAAGCCCCUCGUGAAGUCCGCUGACCCCAACCUAAGCGAGGAGGAGGUCAACAUGAGCUAUGUGCAGGACCUCAUCAACUGGGUGGAGGAGAUGCAGGUCCAACUGGAUAAAGCAGAAUGGGGAUCCGACCUACCAAGUGUUGAAUCACAUCUGGAAAAUCACAAGAGUGUUCACCAAGUGAUAGAGGAAUUUCAGAUGAGCCUAAAGGAAGCCAAACUUAGCGAGAUCCAGAUGAACCAGCCAUUUAAAGCCAGUUACUCUGAGAAACUGGGCAUAUUGGAGAACCAGUAUGGGAAAUUGCUGAACUGUUCGCGGGAGAGAAAGAAGCACCUGGAGAGUCUCCGUGACUUUGUCUCCCGGUCGACCCAGGAGCUCAUCUGGCUCAAUGAGAAGGAGGAAGAGGAAGUGGCCUUCGAUUGGAGUGACCGCAACAGCAACAUCAACAAAAAGAAGGAAUACCAUGCUGAUCUGAUGAGAGAACUUGACGAGAAGGAGGAGUUGAUCAAGUUUGUGCAGGACAAAGCUGAAACGCUUCUGGCUGAAAACCAUCCUGCAAGACUCACCAUUGAAGCGUAUAAGGCUGCCAUGCAGACCCAGUGGAGUUGGAUCCUCCAGCUGUGCUCGUGUGUGGAGGAGCAUCUGAAGGAGAAUAGCGUCUAUUUCGAGUUUUUCAGCGAAGCCAAAGAGUCCCUUGACUACCUGAAGGGCCUGCAGGAUGCCAUUCAAAGGAAAUAUGGGUGUGAUCGGACAAGCAGCCUGCACAGGCUUGAAGAUCUAAUCCAGGAGUCCAUGGAUGAGAAGGAGCAGCUCCUGCAGUACCGCAGCACAGUGGCGGGCCUGGUGCGGAGGGCCAAGGACGUGAUCCAGCUGAAGCCGCGCAGCCCCGACAGCCCCAUCCGAACGUCCCUGCCUGUCAAAGCCAUCUGUGACUACCGCCAGAUAGAGAUCACCAUCUAUAAAGAUGACGAGUGUGUGCUGGCCAGUAACACUCACCGGGCAAAGUGGAAGGUGAUCAGUCCAGCAGGAAAUGAGGCGAUGGUGCCCUCUGUGUGCUUCACCAUCCCCCCGCCCAAUAAGGAGGCGACGGACAUGGCCAGCAGGAUUGAGCAGACAUAUCAGAAUGUUCUAGCACUCUGGCACCGGUCCCAUAUCAACAUGAAGAGUGUGGUGUCCUGGCACUACCUGAUGGCAGACAUCCAUGCCAUCCGGAACAGCAAUGUUGCCUCGAUUAAGACCAUGCUACCAGGGGAACAUCAGCAGGUGCUGAGCAGCCUCCAGGCUCACUUUGAGGAGUUCCUGGAGGACAGCGAGGAGUCCGAAGUCUUCACCAUGGCUGACCGGACUCAGCUGGAGCGAGAUGUCCUGGCCUGCAAGGAGUACUACGAGGAGCUGCUCAAGUCUGCGGAGAGAGAGGAACACGAGGAGUCUGUGUACAACACCUUCAUCUCAGAGAUCCGCAACUUCCGCAUGCGUCUGGAGGGCCAGGAGGAGCAACUCAUCCGUCAGAUCCGCACGCCUCUGGACAGAGACGACCUGCAGCAGAGCAUCAUGCGCAUCACUGAGCAAGAGAAGAAGAAAGCGGACCUGGACCAGCUGAAGGAGGAAAUCGAGGUGAUGAGGGAGAAAUGUGAGCUGUUCCUCAGACAGGCCACCUCCUCCCCUCCCUCUCUCUCCGCGGAGCUGCAGAACCUUGUCCAGGCCACUGGCCUCGUCCACUCCAUGUGCUGCAUCUACCUGGAGAAGCUGAAGUCUAUCAGUCUGGUGGUGAAGCACAGCCAGAAUGCUGAGUCGUUAGUGAAACUUUACGAGGCCAAACUGAGUGAGGAAGAUGCACUCAACGCAGACAUGAAGUCCAUUGAAAACAUAGUGAGCACUCUGAAGCUGUGGCGCUCAGAAAUUGAUGAAAAGAGAGAAGUUUUCCAUGACCUUGAGGACGAGCUACAGAAAGCCCGUGUCAUAAGUGACCGCAUGUUCAAAACACAUAAUGAACGAGACUUUGACCUCGACUGGCAUAAGGAAAAAGCCGACCAGCUGGGAGAGAGAUGGAGUAGUGUCCAUUCACAGAUCGAGAGCAGGCUCCGCGACUUGGAGGGUAUUAGCAAGUCUCUGAAGUACUACAAAGAUGCGUACGGCAGUUUGGAUGAGUGGGCCACUGAACUGGAGACUGUUCAGAUGAAGAUGCAGGAGAACCAGCCAGAGGAUAGCAAAGCCCUGGCUGAGCUGCUAAACAAACAGAAGUUGCUUGUGUCUGAAAUGGAGCAGAAACAGAGUAAGAUUGAUGAAUGUCAGAAAUACUCCGAACAAUACUCCACUGGAGUUAAGGACUAUGAGCUACAGAUGAUGACCUACAGAGCGAUGGUGGACUCCCAACACAAGUCUCCUGUUAAACGGAGAAGAAUGCAGAGCUCCUCGGAUACUAUCCUGCAGGAGUUCAUGGAUCUACGUACACGCUACACCACACUGGUGACGAUGAUGACGCAGUAUGUGAAGUUUGCCAGUGAGACACUGAAAAGGACAGAGGAAGAAGAGAAAACUGUUGAGGUGGAGAAAAAAGAGCAUGGUGAUAAAGUUAGCAAACUUUUAAACUGGGUGUCCAGUGUGAACUCGAGCAAAGAUGAGAAAGUUGGAAAAGAUGGUAAAGCCAUCUCAGAGAGCUCUAGUAUGCCCAAGGCGUCUAUGGAGGAAAUGGUGACAAAGAAGGAACAGAUUGCAGAAGCACUGAGGAUGACACAGCUGAUGCUCACCAAACACAGUGACAAGAUGACUGAAGAGGAGAAGCAGGAGACUGAGGAGCAACUGAAGGCUCUGCAGCAGGCCUACAAUGAUCUCUCCCAGCAGUGCACUGGCGCACAGGCGCCCUCUACUGACAAGGCAAAGAGGAUUCAGACCAUUGGAGGGAUUCUGGUGAUGGGAAGUGGGGCGGUGUUGUCCGUCUGCUGCUCCAUGCAGAGGGGCCUGAUUGACCACACCACUGGGCUGAGUCUCCUGGAGGCACAGCUGAUAACAUCUGGACUCAUUUCUCCUGACGUCAGGAUGUGCCUGGACUUGGAGAACGCUCUUAAGCAAGAACUUAUCAACGAAUCCACCCACAGGCAACUGCAAGAUUUGAACGAAGCUAACAAGCGCCUAUCAAGGCCCAGUUACACCUCUGAACCCCUCCCUGUUAUAGCUGCACUGAAGGAGGGAGCUGUCUCUGAGAACCUUGCAAUAAAGAUUUUGGAGAUUCAACUGGCUACUGGGGGGCUCAGAACAACCUCCUCUAGGGAGGUCUUCAAUCUUGAUAGAGCAGUCCAGCAUGGCUUGAUCCCUGCAGAUCUCCUCAGCAAACUUGGUGAAGAUCAAAGCAUCUCAAAGCUCCUGAUUGACCCUAACACAUCUGAGAAAGUCUCUCUCAAUCAGCUCAUGCAGAGGAGUGUUGUUCAUGAAAAGACUGGCCUGCGUCUGUUACCAGUGAAACCCAGAACAGAUGGAAACAUCUGGCUUAAAUCAGGAAAAGAAUUUGGUAUUCUGAGGGCUGUCCAUGAGGGGGCCAUCGAUCAAGAGACCAUGAUUCGCCUAUUGGGGUCUCAGUUGUGUGCUGGGGGCAUUGUGGAUCCCAAAACAGGGUCUAAACUCACAGUAGAAGAAGCUUUAUCAGAAGGCCUAAUUGAUCAAGAGACUGCUAGUGCAGUGCUUAACCUUCAGGUCCAAAAUGGUGGCAUUGUUGACCCUCAUAAUGGUAAAAAACUAACAGUCGAUGAGGCUGUCCAGUGCAAUUUAAUGAGCUCUACAAGUGCACUUUUAGUAUUGGAGAAACAAAAGGGUUUUAUGGGCCUUCUGUGGCCUCACUCUGGUGAAAUCCUGACUGUUACAACAUCCCUAGAGCAUGAAAUUAUUAACGAUCACCUAGCAUCCAAACUGCUCUGCAACCGAGAAAAAAUUGCUGCUUUUUACAUACCAGAGAGUUCUGAGGUAGUUGACAUUGACUCUGCCACUAAACAUGGCCUUAUUGAUGAGUACACUGCAGAGAUAUUAAAAACAGUGGAGCUACCAGACUCGUUUCCUGACAUCGAUGACCUCAACAAGAGGUUCUCAUCUUGGCUGGUUUGGCGUAAGCUGCAGCUGGAAGGAGUUCAUGGAUCUUCUCAGGAUUCAGGAGUGGAUGAGAAGAACAUGAAUACGCCGUCUCCUGCAGAGGCAUGCCAGUUAUUCAUCUCCUAUCUAAUGAUGAAUAGCUACAUGGACCCCAAAACAGGGCAGAGGCUACUAGUGUUUGAUGGGCAACUGAACAAAAUGGCCAAAGUGUUCAUGGAAAAUUCUGCUGGAUCUGGGAGAUCUGAGAAGAAGAUCCACGUGUCAUCAUCAAAAUUUACUGACAUUGUCUUGGAUGAUGAAGAUGAGAUGCAGUGUACAGAUGCAAACAGCUCACGUGGUGCGUUCCCAGAAAUUUCAAAGAGACCAUACGAUAGGAAUUCAAAAGUUUUAGCAGACAAAGGCUUUGACUCAGACUCUGGUGAAAUCCUGACUGUUACAACAUCCCUAGAGCAUGAAAUUAUUAACGAUCACCUAGCAGCCAAACUGCUCUGCAACCGAGAAAAAAUUGCUGCUUUUUACAUACCAGAGAGUUCUGAGGUAGUUGACAUUGACUCUGCCACCAAACAUGGCCUUAUUGAUGAGUACACUGCAGAGAUAUUAAAAACAGUGGAGCUACCAGACUCGUUUCUUGACAUCGAUGACCUCAACAAGAGGUUCUCAUCUUGGUUGGUUUGGCGUAAGCUGCAGCUGGAAGGAGUUCAUGGAUCUUCUCAGGAUUCAGGAGUGGAUGAGAAGAACAUGAAUAUGCCGUCUCCUGCAGAGGCCCGCCAGUUAUUCAUCUCCUAUCUAAUGAUGAAUAGCUACAUGGACCCCAAAACAGGGCAGACGCUACUAGUGUUUGAUGGGCAACUGAACAAAAUGGCCAAAGUGUUCAUGGAAAAUUCUGCUGGAUCUUGGGGAUCAUCAAAAUGUAUUGAUAUCACUUUGAAUGAUGAAGAUAAAAUGCAGUGUACAGAUUCCAAAAGCUCAAGUGGUACUAUCCCAGAAAUUUCAAAGGGACCAUGCAAUAUGGAUUCAAAAGUUUUAGCAAACAUAGGCUUUGACUCAGGUGAGGCUGAGGAAAAGAUGGAUGGUAUAUGCAAACAAUUCAAAGAGACCUCUCAAACUGCCCAGAUGUCCAUCAAAAUGGUGUCCAAAUCUGCAUAUGAAGGUGAAGAAAGCCAAACAAAAGACAAUGAUGGUGCACGCUUGACUACACAACUAUUUUCAUAUUCAGAGAUUUCAGAUGGGUCAUUCAUCAACAGAACUUUAGACAGGAUAAUUGAAGAGAGUGGUGAAUCAGAAUCACUAGAGGAAGGAGAUGAAAUGGAAGAUGAUGAAGAUGAUCUUUGUGAAGUUAGAGAAUUAUCUAGUGCAACUACUCACACUAGCAUUCAUGCAUCCAAUUCUUCAAAGGGGAUUUCCUGUUCUAAGACUGACAUCGAUACUGACAAAGAUGUGUUGCACAUCACAGAAACAUCCAUUUUGCAAAUACAAGAGGAUGAUGCCUCAGAUAGCCCUGCGUUUACCAGUGAGUUGACCAAAUCAAUGGACAUGAUCACGGAGUGCCCUUACACAGAUCUUGCCUGGGAUGAAAAGAAUGAGAGGGAGUUUGCGGUCCAUCUUCUGAGAGCUCAGGUGGAGGAAGGAGGCAUUUUAGAUGUCACAUCAGGCAAGCGGUAUGACCUGGAUGCUGCUCUAGACAAGGGCAUUGUUGAUGAGGAGACUGUUCUGGAAGUCCUGGCUUUGCAGUUUUGUAAAGGCAGGGUUGCCGGGAAUCCGUCAGGAACCAUGUCGACCUUACAAGAGGCUGUUUCACAGGGCCUCAUAUCCUCCCAAGUGUCUCUGCAGAUCAUGGAGCAACAGAACCUUCUGGGAGGUUUCUACGACUCGGAAUCCCAUCACACCAUCAGUAUAUGUGAGGCUCUUGAAAAUGACAUGAUAACGGAUGACAUGGCCCAUAAAAUACUUCACUCACAACCUAUCCAGAAAGCCAUCAUUGAUCCAGAUGGCAGCUGUCUCCACAGUGUUUCUGAUGCACAGGCUAUGGGUAUGCGAGAUGAGGAGGAAGCAGAAAAUAAGUUAGACCAAAAAGAUGAGAAGAAGAAUGUGGCCAUUUUGAUGUUAGACCUUUCCGAUGAGCACUGUCAUGAUGUAGGUCCUGAAAAAAUGAACAGCAGAAUGGAGGAAUCUGUUCAACGCUCUGGAAAGAGAAGUCCUCCUUGUGAGGCUUUACUUCCCAAAGACAGGGCUAAGAUUACUGUUAUAUCACAUCUCAGAAACUCACCUCUUCCUGUAACUCAGACAAUAGAGAAAUAUCCACUCUGUCAAAGCCCCCAAAAUCAUGUUUCAAAGAAAGACGAUUUACCACACAAUCUUUCUGAGGAGACUGGAUUUCCAUGCUUCUCCAGAAAUAACAGCUGCCCUCAAAGCAUGUUACGUAGUCAGAACAAGAGUGACAGGGAUUCAUUUGAGGUAGAGAAUGAUGCUGCAGAAGAUGACAGAGGCCCACAGAACAACAAUGCUGAUCAGCCUUCUGAAGCGGUCCACUUGAUUACAAGUGCAAGGCAGCUGCAAUACCAUGAAAUUGCAAUGAAUCUGACAGUGAGUCCCGUUCAGAGCGAUUCAGGCAUAUCGUGUUCAUCCCAGAGUGAUGUCUGUGUGGAUGACAAGAAGACAGACAGCCUUCAGAGUGCUGACCAGCAGUGCAGUACUGUCAGAGAGGAGUCGCAAGACGCUGAGCUGAGCUCAUCUUCACCUAAAGGGCUGUCCGAUCAUUCAGAAUCAGCCAAAGGGUUGCAAGAUGCUGAUCUUAGGUCAUCUUCACCUAAAGGGCUGUGCUAUCAUUCACAGUCAGCAGCUAUGACUCCUCAGGAAAAUGUCAAAUCACAUAAAACUACAGACUCGACUGAUGUGGAAAUAAAUACUGAUAAUGCCAACAGGCAUUUGCUGUUUCAGACUCGUCAGUGUCAAGACGCUGAGCUAAUCUCAUCUUCACCUAAAGGGCUGGCAGAUCAUUCACAAUCAGCGGUCAUGACACCACAGGAAAAUGGCAAAUUAAAUAAAGCCACAGACCCGACUGAAGUGGAAAUAAAUACUGAUAAUGCCAACAGGCCUUUGCCGUUUCAGACACGUCAGUGUCAAGACACUGAGCUGAGCUUAUCUUCACCUAAAGGGCUGUCCAAUGAUUCAGAAUUAGUGAAGGGGUCGGAAGAUGCUGAUCUUAGCUCAUCUUCACCUAAAGGGCUGUCCUAUCAUUCACAAUCAGGGGUCAUGACAGCUCAGGAUAAUGCCAAAUCACAUAAAACCACAGACCCGACUGAUGUUGGAAUAAAUACAGAUGAUGACAACAGGCCUUUUCAGACACGUCAGUGUCAAGACGCUGAGCUAAUCUCAACUUCACCUAAAGGGCUAUCUGAUCAUUCAGAGUCAGUGAAGGGGUUGCAAGAUGCUGAUUUGAGCUCAUCCUCACCUAAAGGGCUGUCCAAUUAUUCAGAAUUAGCAGCCAUGACCUCUCAGGAAAAUGGCAAAUCACAUAAAAACACAAACUCAACUGAUGUGGAGAAAAAUACUGAUGAUGCCAACAGGUCUUUGCCUUUUCACAAACGUCAGUGUCAAGACACUGAGCUGAGCUCAUCUUCACCUAAAGGGCUGUCCAAUCAUUCAGAAUCAGCAGCCAUGACCUCUGAGGAAAAUGCCAAAUUACAUAAAACCACAGACCCAACUGGUUUGCAAAUGAAAACAGAUUAUGCCAACAGAUCUUUGCCUUUUCAGACAAGUCAGUGUCAUGUGCAAAGUGAUGGUCAGAAAGGUAAAAAGGAUCAGUCUGUCUUGCCCUCAUCUAUGUUUGACAAAUCAAGUGGAAAACCUGGAGACAUGUGUGUAGAGGCGGUAAAGUCUGUUGACUCCAAAAUAAUGCAAUCCCUGAAGCAACAAUCAGGGAGUGUCAGAGGUUCAACAGAAGAUAAACAUGAAAGUGACUCAGAACGCUGUGCAGGAGAAAUGCAGGCGCUCCUUUAUGGUGGUGGAAAUGAAGGUCCCCUGGAGCACACGGCCCAGAAGGCCUCAAGUGCCUCAGGAUCUCAGUCGGCACCGGAAUGUGAUUCUCAAAACAUGUCAACAAGUACCAAUAGUCUGUUUGGAAAUGCAUUGCCAGGAUCCACUGCAGAGACAUCUGCAGAUGCCUCACAGACAUUUGAACAAAGGCCAGACAGUCAUACAAUCAGUGAUAUCAAUCAACAUGAAUCAGUUGCUGUCAAACACUCAGGGCAAGAGACAGUACAGGCAGAUGGUGCUACACAUUCCUCUGUUAAAACAGAUUCUACAAUUGCACCAAUGCCUGCCAAUGUUGAGCUAGACAGCAACAACGAUGACAGGUAUUGUUCACAAUCCAUGUUGCUGACUGAGAAAUCGCCACCUGCCACAGCGGACAGUCGUACUGAAUGUUCUCUGCCUCCUGGCAUGUUGCCUGAGGAGAGUGAACAGCGGGCAUCUGCUGCCCAACCACACCCUGUGUCCACAGGGACGGUCAUGCCUCCUCAGUCAGGCCUCCUUAGUGCCCUGAGGUCGUCUUUGAAUGAGCUCGUCAAACAGCGGGCGGAGGGUGUGGAUGCUGAUGAGUCAGAGAAGGCUGAAAGCCAAACCGUUAAUGAUAUCCUUGAGAUAAUUCAGAAACUGACCCCAGGCGACCUUCAGGAUACUGAGAGACAGGCUGCCAUCCCUGAUCGCCGUCCGGAGUUGUCUAAGGGCAAAGACCUGGAGAGGGAAGAGGGUGGUGGUGAGAGUGCAGAGCAGCUUCCUCUUGAUGUUGCGAAGCUUGAAAGCCAGCCGUGGCAGAUUGUUAAAGAUGUGUCAUCGAACAAAGAAGCCACUACACUGGAGGAUGUCCGAGGAGAUUUACACAUGCUUGUGGGAAACAGUGCUGAGGAGAAGCAGAGCCAAAAUGCUGGUACCAGUAGGGAAAAGCCACCAGCUUGCUCCAUAGAUGAGAGUAAGGCCGAGACUGAUAUGACUCCACACUCAGAUGAUCUUGGCUCUCAUUCAUGGGCAAAAGUUGACCAAGGCGCAGACUUGGAUGAACAGAUCAAAUGUAGGAGAUACUCAAUUCAGAGUUACUUGGAGUCUAUUGGAAGACUUCAGGACCACGUUGAUGUCCUGGAGGACAUUAAAAGUGACUUUGAGGCACAAGGGCCUCUCAGCGGCACCAUUGAUGGCUUGCACUCCCAGCUGGAAGAGUCUCAGUCUCUGGAGUCGCAGCUUGCUGCUCUCGCUGGCAUUCUAACAGCAGACCUGGAGAUAGCUGCACAGCUGCUCAAUUCUGCUAACGGACACGUUCCCACACAAUUCCAACAAGAUUUGGCUUCGGCCUUCACAUAUUUACAGCCUGCUUUCGCAGACAUCUGCCAAAUAUCUGCAGAAAGGAGUAGUCUUAUAUUGCAAGCAAUUGAGACAGAGAAGUCCCAAUUAGCCACAUCUUACAAGGACCUCCUUUCAUCCCUGGAAAAGCUAUCAGGGAGUAUUCAUGACAACUGUGAGGUCAUCUGCGAACUAGACAUCAUGGAUAUAGAUAACUUGGAGGCAAUAAAAAACAGUAUUCAGCAAAAUAAGAAUAUGGAGCAGAGCUUGGCAGCCACUCAGCGGGAGCUGGAGGAGGCCACUUUUAGCACUCAUCACUUUAUCUCCGAACACGCUCAGUUCCUGAGCCCGGCGCAGAGCAGGAGGCUGCUGAAGAGCCUCAGCGUUGCUCAGAGGGCGUACCGAGAGCUGCAGGACAAGCUCGCCGCCCAGCGACGCACGCUGGACCUUCAGCUGGAGGUCCGAGAGGACGAGAGUCAGCAGCAGGAGAAGGAUGUGGUGGACAAGCAGAUGGAGUUUUCGGGGAAGCUGCAGGAUCUUUGUGAUAACCUCACCCAGACAGAGAACCGGCUCAUCGGGCACCAUCAGCAGACGCAGACUAUUGCCACCAACAACAUGGUGGACCUGCAGCAGUACCGACAAGAACAGCAGGCGCUGCAAAAAGAGAUUCAGACAAAUGCCAGAGCGUUAAAUGAAGUCAUAAGCAGUUCUAAGAAGUUCCUAGAGGAAAAUCGCAGCAAACUCUCGCCAGAGCAGAUAGCUGAUGUUGAGAACAAACUGGAGGAGGCCAAGAGCAAGGCCAACAUGCUCAACGAAAAAGCCGAGGAGUCCAGGAAAGACCUGGAAAAGGUUGUGACCACAGCAAUCAAACAGGAAACAGAAAAGGUUGCUGCUGUGGAGCAACUUGAGGAGAGCAAAACCAAAAUCGAGGGCCUGCUGGACUGGAUCUCACAUGUAGGGAAGGAGAAGGGGGCUGGGGACAGCACACAGAAGGAGCAGACCAGCACAGAGAAUGGCAACAUGCCCAUGGAAACCGCAGCGGACGAUGCCAAUGGAAAUGCAGUAGACACAACUGACAGCCUGCCCAUUAUCUCCAGCAAAGAGAGGGACCCCAGUAGUUCAGAUUUGGACAGGCAGUUUGACAAAGUGAAGGCCCAUCAUCAAGAGAUCCUAUCCCAGCAGCAGGACCUGAUCAUCGCCACCCAGUCUGCUCAGGCGCUGCUGGACAAGCAGGCCCACGUGCUGUCGGCGGCCGAGAAGGACAAGCUCCAGCAGGACAUUCAGGAGUUGCGUGGCCGUUACGAGGCCUCGCUGACGCAGGCCGAGCAGCAGAUGAAGCAGGUGCAGGCCGUCCAGGAGGAGCUGGCCAAGUUCCAGGGCGACUGCGCCGACUUCCAGGCCUGGCUGGGGCAGGCCCAGGGGGAGGUCGAGGAACUGGGGGAGCCGGCUGGCCAACUGGACGUGCUGGAUGACAAGCUCCAGAGGCAGUGCGGCUUUGCCGAGGACGUCAUCUCGCGUAAAGGGGACCUGCGCUUCAUCACCAUCUCCGGGCAGAAGGUGCUGGACGCGGCCAAGGCCUGCAGCCACAGCGACCAUGGAAACAAGAACGCGCCUCCGGAGGUGGACAUGUCGGGAACCUGUGCAGAAGUGCAGGAGAAGCUGGAUGCUGCCGCUAGUGACUACAAGGCUCUGCACUCUCAGUGCAAUCAGUUGGGCAGCAACCUCAAAGACGUGGUGGAGAAGUUUAAGAAGUACGAGGAGGCCAGCGGUGGGCUGCAGAAGUGGCUGGACACCUCAGAGGAGGAGGCUCGCAAGCAGCAGUCGGAGCCCAUAGCUGCUGACCCACAGACCCUACAGAAACAGCUGGAAGACACCAAGGCUCUGCAAGGUCAGACGACCGGGCGACAGGCUGCCGUGGAAACGCUGCGCAAAACAGCUGAUGCCCUUAUCACAGCCGAGGGAGACCUGCUGACGAAUCAGGAUGAGAUCCAAGAAACAGUGGAUGACAUCGUGGAGAGAUAUGACAACCUGUCCAAGUCGGUCAGUGACCGCAACGAGAAGCUCCAGGUGACGCUGACGCGCUCGCUCAGUGUGCAGGACGGCCUGGAGGAGAUGGUGGGCUGGAUGGGGCGGGUGGAAGAGACCCUGGGGAAGAAAGAUCAAGUGUCCCUGGACUCGGCCAGCAUCGGAGACGCCCUCAGCAAAGAGGCAGCUUUGGAGCAGGACAUGUCAGGUCGUCAGAGCAGCAUCUCAGCGAUGCAGGCCAAAGUGAAGAAGUUUGCAGAGACCGCUGAGCCGGCCGCUGCCACCCAGCUGCAGUCCAAAAUGGCCGCCCUCUCACAGCGCUUCAGCGAUGCCUGCAACAAGCACAAGCAGAAAGUGUCUGAUCUGGAGCAGCUGAAGGACAAGGUGGAGGAGUUUGAGAAGACGUCUGAGAAGGUGCAGCAGUUUGUGCUGAAGAGGUCUCAGGAGCUGUCAGAGACGGAUGGGCCGGGCAAGAACGUCAACGAGCUCUCCCAGCUGGUGCAGGACACCAAUGAGGAGUUAGCAGAACAUGCCAAGGAUGUGGAGACUUUACAGAGACUCUCAAAGGAACUGUCCCAGCUGAGCCCAGAGGCCAGUAAAGCCCAGAUCCAGGGCAAGAUGGACACUCUGUCUAACACCUUUAACGCCUUCAAAGACACAGUGAGAGAAAAGAGGGAGGAGGUUACGUCAUGCCAAGACCAGCUGGGAGAGUUCAAAGCAGCAGCAGGGGCCCUGAUGAAGUGGCUGGAGGAGAUGACAAGGAAAGUGCCAGUGGUACAGGCCAACUGCGGCGAGAAGAGCCUGGGAAAGGCCCUGCAUACGGUCAAUGCACUGCUAGAAGAAUGGACUUCCAAAUCUCCCAUGGUCCAGGAUAUAAAUAGCAAAGGCUCUGCUCUGUGUAGCCUAAUCAGUGUUUUGACAUCCCCUGCCAAGGCCAAAAUCCAUCCCAAAUCAGGGUCAGCUGUUACUAAUGGCUCCGGACCGGGAUCGCAUGCUUAUUUAACCAAUAAAGAGCUGAUGGUGGUGCAACAGAGCAUGGCCCAGGUGGACGAGGGCUACGGGACCCUGGGGGAGCUGCUGAGGGCUCGGGAGGCCGAGCUGAGCCGCCGGCGCGGAGACAUGAAGGAGGCACGCGAGCAGGGCGGAGCCAUGAAGACGUGGCUGGCAGACAUGAAGAAGACGGCGGCGUCUUGGAGCGCCGCCGGGGCUGCUGGGAAAGACUCUGUCAAAGCACAGAUGGAACAACAGAAGGCCUUUGAAGACAGCUUGAAACAAAAGCAUGCCGAGCUCCAGCAGCUGAGAGAGAAGCUUCGUCAGCUGAUCGAGCAGAACCCCGACUCACCCGAAGUGGCCAAGUGGAAACAGAUGCUGGCUGAGAUAGAUGCAGCGUGGGAAGAGGUGAACGGCUCGGUGGAGGACAGGAAGCAGCACCUGGAGGCGUCGUCCCGCAUGCUGGAGCUCUUCCAGACGGCCGAGCCGCAGCUGCGCCAGUGGCUGCAGGAGAAGGAGCUGAUGGCCGGCGUGCUGGGGCCCCUGUCUGUGGAUCCCAACAUGCUCAAGAUGCAGAAGCAGCAAGUCCAGAUUCUCCUUAAGGAGUUUGAUAGCCGCAAACCCCAGUAUGACCAGCUGAACGAGGCUGCGACGGCCAUCUUGAGUUCGUCGGGUGCACAGGACCCAUCGGCCGGGGCAGCGAAGGAGCAGCUGGUGUCCAUCACCCAGAAAUGGCAGGACCUGACUGGGCAGCUGGGCCAGCGGGCCGGCCUCAUCGACCAGGCAGCGGGCAAGACGGCCCAGUUCCAGGAGUUGCUGCACGGCCUCGCAGAGAGCUCGGCCGCCCUGGAGGCCCAGCUGGAGGGUCAGCAGGCCUUGAGUUCACAGCCCGACGCUGUCAAGAAACAGCUGGAGGCCACCAACGCCAUCCUGGCCCAACUGAGGGACGAGAGGAAGAGGCUCAAGGAGGCGGAGGCAAUCUGCGGCGAGCUGUCGGCCCUCGUGACCGAGGAGUACCUCCGCGCUGACCUCACCAAGCAGCUGGACGCCGUCACCAAGCCGUUCAAGGUGUUGGAGGACAACGCAGGGAAACGUAUUCAGCAGCUCAACUCGGCCUUUGCCAGCUCGCAGCAGUUCCACCAGACAUCCAAAGACUUCCAGGACUGGCUGGACGAGAAGCUUCUGGAACAGUCGGGGCCACAGCCUGUCUCGGCCAAGGCCGAAGUCUUGCGGCAGAGCCUCAGCGAGCACGGCACCGUGCAGAAGGCGCUGACCGAGCAGGAGGAGUCCUACGGCACCAUCGUACGUGAGGGCGAGGCUCUGCUGCAGCGCACCGAGGGCGCGGAGAAGGUGGCCCUACAGGGUCAGCUGUCCGCCCUCAAGUCCAACUGGGAGGACGUGAAGCGGGCGGCGGCUGAGCGCGGCGAGAAGCUCCAGGGGGCGCUGCAUCUGGCGCAGCGCUACGGCGAGCAGGCGGACAAGCUGACCGCCUGGCUGCAGGAGAGCGAGGUCUGCAGCGGCGGCGUGAAGGUCAGCGCGAGUCCAGUGGAGGUGGAGAGCUCCCUGGCACAGGUCAAGGCCAUCCAGAAGGACGUGGACAAGCACCGCGGGCAGGUGGAGCUGCUCAAGACGGCCGCCGACAGCCUCCUAGAGGCAAGCACGGCAGACGGCGAGGCGGUCAGGGAGGAGCGGGCAGCCAUCGAGAAGGGCAUGGAGAAGCUGGGCGAGGGGCUGCAGAGCAAGAAGGAGUCGCUGGAGAAGCUGGCGCAGAAGCUGAAGGAGUUCAGCGACACCCAGAAACAAGCCAAGGACAAGCUGGACGGGGCCAGGAAACAGCUGGACAGCCACUCGGCUCUGGGCAUCCAGGCCUACAGCAACAAGAACCUGAGCGGCAUGAAGGCCCAGCAGAAGACACUGGCCGAGGUGGAGCAGCAGGUCCAGCAGCUGACCAGCCUCGCCCAGGGCCUGGUGGUGGACAUGCCAGAGGCAGACGGCGUCACCGACCUCCUGCUCCAAGCCGACAGCCUGGAGAAAGAGCACGGCGCUGUCAGAAAGGAGGUGGAGGGCGUCUGCUCGGCCCUCGAGGGCAAGCUGCAGGGCAUCGGUCAGUUCCAGAGCAGCAUCCGCGAGAUGUUUGCCAGCUUCGCUGACCUGGACGACGAGCUGGACGGCAUGCCGCCGGUGGCCCGUGACACGGAGGCGAUCCGAGCCCAGAAAGACGCCAUCCGGGGCUUCGUGGACAGACUGACUGAGCUAACGGCCAACGCGGCCAACGCCAAGGAGACCUGCAGGAAGAUGCUGGAGACCGAGGCCUCGCCGGACCUGCUGGGAGCCAAGAGGGACCUGGAGGCACUGGCCAAGCAGAGUGGCAAGCUGAUGGACCGCGCCCGUAGCAGGCAGGAGCAGGUGGACGGCACCUUGGGCCGCAUGGAGGAACUCUACCAGAAGCUGCAGGACUUCACUGCUGGCCUCAAGAAGGCGGAGGAGCAGGACGAGUCCCAGGGGCCCGUUGGCAUGGAAAUGGACGUCAUUAACCAGCAGCUGGAGUCAUUCAAGGUAUUCCAGAAAGAUGCAAUUGAGACAUUACAGGCCCAGUUACAAGACCUGAACUGGAUUGGCCAGGGACUUAUUCAAAACACUGCCAAAGGGACCAGUACUAAGGCCUUGGAGCAUGACCUAGAGGAUGUCAACACCAGAUGGAACUCGCUUAACAAGAAGGUGGCGGAGCGCUCGGCCCAGCUGCACGAGGCUCUGUUGCACUGUGGGAGGUUCCAGGAUGCCCUGGAGUCUCUUCUCAGCUGGCUGACAGACACUGAGGAGCUGGUGGCCAACCAGAAGCCUCCAUCUGCCGAAUUCAAAGUUGUCAAGGCCCAAAUACAAGAGCAGAAACUCUUGCAGAGGCUGCUGGACGAUCGUAGGCCCACGGUGGAAUUGAUUAAGAAGGAGGCGGGGAAGGUGACGGAGCUGGCUGAGACGGAGGACAAGGAGAAGGUCAGCCGGGAGGUGGAGGGCCUGGGGCAGAGGUGGGACAGCCUCCUGAGGAAGGCCGAGAGCAGACACAAGCAGCUGGAGAGCAUCCUGGUGGUGGCUCAACAAUUCCACGAGACGCUGGAGCCCUUGUCUGAGUGGCUGACCGCCACAGAGAAGCGCCUGGCCAACUCCGAGCCCAUUGGUACCCAGACAACCAAACUGGAGGAGCAGAUCUCCCAGCAUAAGACCCUGGAGGAGGACGUCAUGGGUCAUAGUAAAGACCUAUACCAGGCCAUCAGCCUAGGCCAGAGCCUGCGUGCGGUCAGCAGCAUGGACGACAAGGAGCUGGUGCAGGCGCGGCUGGACGCCACGCAGACGGGCUUCAUCGAGCUGCAGGAACGCUGCCGGCGAAAGGCCCAGCUCCUGCAGCAGGCCCUGGCCAACGCGCAGCUCUUCGGCGAGGACGAGGUGGCGCUCAUGAACUGGCUGAGCGAGGUGCACGGCCGGCUAAGCGAGGUCGCCGUGCAGGACAGCAGCGCAGAAGUGCUCCAGACUCAGCACGACGAACAGCUGGCUCUUCAUGAAGACAUCCAACUUAGGAAGCAGAAUGUUGAUCAGGCAAUUUCCAAUGGCAUGGAACUUCUGAAACAGACCACAGGGGAUGAGGUGGUUGUCAUCCAAGGCAAGCUGGAUGGAAUUAAAACAAGAUACGCAGAGAUUAACACCAUGAGUAACAACGUGACGAAAACUCUGGAGCAGGCUCUCUCUCUGGCCUCCAAACUGGAACACACUCACGAGGAUCUCACAAACUGGCUGGAUAAGGUGGAGGCAGAACUGGAGGUCUUUGGGACCCAGGAGCCAGUAGGAGAGCAGCUGACUCAGGUUCAAGAGAUCAGAAAAGGUCUGCUGAAGGAGAUCCUAGACCACAAGCCCCAGCUGGAGAGCUUGAAUGAGGUGAGCAGCUCGCUGCUGGAGCUUGUGCCCUGGCGCGCUCGCGAGGGCCUGGACAAGAUGGUCACUGAGGUCAACGAGCGCUACAAGUCGGCCGGCGACACUAUCACUCAGCAUGUUGAGGCCAUUGGUGCCGCCAUAUUGAAGUCCCAGCAGUUUGAGCAGGCUGCGGAGAGUGAGCUCACCUGGCUGAGCGAGGCGGAGAAGAAGCUGCUGUCUCUGGGCGAGAUCCGGCUGGAACAGGACCAGACCACAGCGCAGCUGCAGGCACAGAAGGGUUUUUCCAUGGAUAUCAUGAGACACAAAGAUUCCGUGGACGACAUUGUCAAAACAGGAGAGGCCAUUAUGAGCAGCAAAGAUGAGAUGGAAAAGCAAGCCCUGGAGGCCAAAAUCCAGACGCUGCUGGACAAGUACAGCGCGGUGAGCCAGCUGAACUCGGAGAGGUGUCUACAGCUGGAGCGUGCCCAGUCGCUGGCCAGCCAGUUCUGGGAGACCUACGAGGAGCUGUGGCCAUGGCUCCAGGAGACCCGCGCCAGCUUCACCCAGUUGCCCGUGCCGGCCAUCGAGUACGAGGCCCUGCGGCAGCAGCAGGAGGAGCUGAGGCAAAUGCGUGAGCUGAUCGCUGAGCACAAGCCUCACAUCGACAAGAUGAACAAGACAGGGCCUCAGCUGUUGGAGCUCAGCCCAGUGGAGGGCGUGCCAAUCAGGGAGAAGUACACGGCCACCGACAAGCUGUACGCCCAGCUGAAGGCCGACGUCAAGCACAGGGCCGGAGCCUUGGACGAGGCCAUCUCCAAGUCCACACAGUUCCACGACAAGAUCGACCCCAUGCUGGAGUCACUGCAGCGCAUCGCCGAGCGCCUCCGCCAACCGCCGUCCAUCUCGGUGGAGGUGGAGAAGAUCCGCGAGCAGAUCGGCGAGAACAAGGCGCUGACGGUGGACCUGGAGAAGUUGCAGCCGUCCUACGACACUCUCAAGGAGCGCGGCGAGGAGAUGAUCGCUCGCUCUGAGGGAGCCGACAAGGACAUCUCCGCCAAAGCCGUGCAAGACAAGCUGGACCAGAUGGUGUUCCUUUGGAACGACAUCCAAGCCCUGGUGGAGGAGAGGGAGGCCAAGCUCCUGGAUGUCAUGGACUUGGCCGAGAAGUUCUGGUGUGACCACUGCGCCCUCAUCGUCACCAUCAAGGACACCCAGGACCUGCUGCGGGAGCAGGAGGAGCCAGGGGUCGACCCUUCCAUCGUCAAACAGCAACAGGAGUCAGUGGAGGGUUUCAGAGAGGAAAUUGAUGCACUGCAGGAAGAACUUGAUGUUGUUCGGAACCUCGGGGCAGAACUUAUGUCUGCUUGUGGGGAACCGGACAAGCCUGUGAUCAAGAAGAGCAUUGAUGAGGUCAACUCUGCGUGGGAGACUCUAAAUAAGACGUGGAGAGAGCAUAUGGAGCGGCUGGAGGAGGCCAUGCAGGCUGCAGUGCAGUUCCAGGACGGUCUUCAGGGCAUGUUUGACUGGGUGGACAUCCUGGAGAACAAACUGGACAGUAUGUCACCAGUGGGCACUGACCUGGAGACGGUGAAACAGCAGAUUGAUGAGCUCAAGGAGUUCAAAUCAGAAACGUACCAGCUCCAGAUUGAGAUGGAGCGGCUGAACCACCAGGCGGGUCUGCUCCUGAAGAAGGUGGUGGAGGAGGCAGAUCGCAGUGCCAUCCAGGAGCCCAUGGGCGAGCUCAAGAUGCUCUGGGAGAACCUGGACAAAAAGGCCAUCAACCGCCAGCACAAACUGGAGGGGGCGCUGUUGGCGCUGGGGCAGUUCCAGCAUGCACUGGACGAGCUGUUGGCCUGGAUGACACAGACCGAGGGCCUGCUGAAUGAGCAGCGGCAGGCUAGCGGAGACCCCAAGGCCAUCGAGAUCGAGCUCGCCAAGCACCACGUGUUGCAGAAUGAUGUCCUGGCCCACCAGAGCACGGUGGAGGCGGUCAACAAAGCUGGCAACGACCUCGUGGCCUCCAGCGAAGGUGAGGAAGCCCGCGGACUGCAGAGCAAACUGGAUAACCUCGACCAGCGUUGGAAGAACAUUCUAGAAAAGACAGAGCAGAGGAGGCACCUCUUGGACAGUGCCCUACUUCAGGCCCAGGGUUUCCAUGGAGAGAUUGAAGACAUGCAGCAGUGGCUGAAAGACACAGAACGUCAGCUGUUAGCAUCAAAGGCGGUGGGAGGCUUACCAGACACGGCGCGGGAGCAGCUUACUGCCCAUCUGGAGCUCUGCAGCACUUUGGAGGGCAAAGAAGACGUCUAUCAGCAGCUCAUGCUGAAAGGCAAACAGCUGGUCGCCAUGGCGCCCGAGGGCCAAGACAGCAACACGGAACAGGACCUCCGCAACCUGCAGGACAAGUGGGAGUCCGUGCAGGCCAAAGUGGCCGAGAAAAAGAUGAAACUGGAGGAGGCUCUGGUCAUGGCCACGGACUUCCAUAACUCCCUGCAGGACUUCAUCAACUGGCUGACGCAGGCCGAGCAGACCCUCACCAUGGCCUCCCCCGCCUCCCUCAUCCUGGAGACCAUCAUGUUCCAGAUCGACGAGCACAAAGUGUUUGUGACUGAGGUGAACUCCCACCGCGAGCAGAUCAUCGAGCUGGACAAGACAGGCACACACCUGAAGUACUUCAGCCAGAAGCAGGACGUGGUGCUGAUCAAGAACCUUCUGCUAAGCGUCCAGGGCCGCUGGGAGAAGGUGGUCCAGCGUUCCGUGGAGCGCGGACGCCUGCUGGACGAUGCCAGGAAGCGCGCCAAACAGUUCCAUGAAAACUGGAACAAACUGACGGAGUGGCUGGAGGAGUCGGAGAAGAAUCUGGACUCGGAACUAGAGAUCGCCAAUGAUCCCGAUAAGAUCAAGACGCAGUUGGCCCAACACAAGGAGUUCCAGAAAGCCCUGGGCAGCAAGCACUCUGUGUAUGAUACCACCACCCGCACGGGCCGUGCCCUCAAGGACAAGACGACCCAGCAGGACGACCUCACCAAACUGGACGACAUGCUGAGCGAGCUCCGGGACAAAUGGGACACUGUGUGCGGCAAAUCCGUGGAGAGACAAAACAAGCUGGAGGAGGCAUUGCUGUUUUCUGGUCAGUUCACGGAUGCCCUGCAGGCUCUAAUCGACUGGCUCUACAAAGUGGAGCCCCAGCUUGCUGAAGACCAGCCAGUGCACGGAGACAUAGACCUGGUCCUGAAUCUCAUCGACAGCCACAAGGUCUUUCAGAAGGAGCUGGGCAAAAGGACGGGCAGUGUGCAGGCCCUGAAGCGCUCGGCCCGGGAUCUCAUCGAGAGCAGCACUGAUGACUCGUCCUGGGUCAAAGUUCAAAUGCAGGAGCUGGGCACGCGCUGGGACACGGUGUGCGCCCUCUCCGUGUCUAAACAGACCCGCCUGGAGCAGGCUCUCUGUCAGGCCGAGGAGUUCCACUCCAGUGUCCACAUCCUGCUGGAGUGGCUGGCCGAGGCCGAGCAGAGUCUGCGUUUCCAUGGCAGCCUGCCCGACGACGAGGAGGCUCUGCAAGCUCUCAUCGAGCAGCACAAGGAGUUCAUGAAGAAGCAAGAGGAGAAGCGUGUCGCCCUGACCAAAGCCACGACUAUGGGGGAGGCCAUCCUGUCCAUCUGCCAUCCAGACUCCAUCACCACCAUCAAACACUGGAACACCAUCAUAAAAGCCCGGUUCGAGGAGGUGCAGGCCUGGGCACGGCAGCACCAGCAGAGGCUGGCGGCGGCCCUCAGCGAGCUGCAGAGCACCCAGGAGCUGGUGGAGAACUUGCUGGGUUGGCUCCAGUGGGCCGAGACCACCCUCAACACCAAGGACAAGGAGCCCAUGCCCCAGGAGAUCGAGGAGGUCAAAGCUCUCAUCGCCGAACAUCAGGCCUUCAUGGAGGAAAUGACCAGGAAGCAACCUGAUGUGGAUAAAGUCACCAAAACCCACAAGAGAAAGCCAACAGCGGAGACAGCCAUACAGUCCCACAUACCUGUCCUGGAGAAAGGGCGCACUCCAGGAAGGAAACGCUCUCCCACCCAAACCAUGUACACUGCGGUGACCCAGACGCAGGUGGAGACCAAGAACCCACGGGUCAACCUGCUGGUCAGCAAGUGGCAGCAGGUGUGGCUCCUGGCCCUGGACAGGAGGAGGAAACUCAAUGAUGCUCUGGACCGGCUGGAGGAGCUGAAGGAGUUUGCCAACUUUGACUUUGAUGUGUGGCGGAAACGCUACAUGAGGUGGAUGAACCACAAGAAGUCGCGGGUGAUGGAUUUCUUCCGCCGCAUCGACAAAGACCAGGACGGCAAAGUCACCCGGCAGGAGUUCAUCGAAGGCAUCCUCUCCUCCAAAUUUCCUACCAGCCGCUUGGAGAUGAGUGCCGUUGCAGACAUCUUUGACCGGGACGGCGAUGGCUACAUUGACUAUUAUGAGUUUGUGGCUGCCCUUCAUCCAAAUAAAGAUGCCUACAAACCCCUCACAGACGCAGAUAAAAUAGAAGACGAAGUGACUCGCCAAGUGGCGAAAUGUAAAUGCCCUAAACGAUUCCAAGUGGAGCAAAUCGGAGCGAACAAGUACCGGUUCUACCUUGGAAAUCAGUUUGGUCUGGUUCAAUGCUUACAUGACACCUAUUCCGCCGAUGAGACUUUAACAAACAGGGACUAUCAAAAUCUAAACUCCCAACUACACGUUGCAGUGUUGGAAAGCUGUAUCCUGUUUGGGGAUUCCCAGCAGCUCCGACUGGUCCGAAUCCUCCGCAGCACUGUCAUGGUCCGGGUGGGAGGCGGCUGGAUGGCGCUGGACGAGUUCCUGGUCAAGAACGACCCUUGUCGAGUUCAUCACCACGGGAGUAAAAUGUUGCGCUCGGAAUCAAACUCGUCAAUUACUCAGUCUCCUAUAGGUUGGCACCUCUCACAAUUUCUCUCCUUGGUCCAUCCCAGUGCGAAAGGCAGGACGAACGUGGAGCUUCGGGAGAAGUUCAUCCUCCCAGAGGGCACCACUCAGGUGAUGGCCAGCUUCCGCUACCGGGGCCGGAGAUCACGGCCGUCGUCCAGGGCUGCGUCCCCUAACCGGUCCAACUCCAGCCACAGUUGUCCUGCACAGCACAACCCACCGCAGACCAGUACCCCUAAGACCCAACACAUAACCCGCAAUUAUGAUAAACCCUGGCUGACAAACAGCAAACCCUCCACCCCUCUUAAAUCAUCCGACUCCUUUGAAAGCCAGGGGUCGUCCUCAGAGGGUACUCCCAUCCAGGGCAGCAAACUCCGACUCCCAGGGUACCUUUCAGGAAAGGGCUUUCAGUCCGGAGAGGAAGGCACCCUGAUAUCUGCUGCAGUACUGAAAGCAAGGGGUCAGGGAUUUGAUUCCAAAAAGGUCUUCAGCCGACCCGGAAGUAAAGCCGGUAGCCGUGGCAGCAGCCGCCGAGGGAGCGACGCAUCGGACUUCGACAUCUCCGACAUCCAGUCGGUGUGCUCGGACGCGUCCGAAUCCGUGCCAGACUCCAGCCGGCAGGCCACGCCACGGUCAGCCCCCCGAGCGCACGGGGGCAAGCCCUCCAAAAUCCCCACGCCACGGAGGUCCACCCCCACCACGAGCAAACUGGCCAAGACCUCCAAGAGAUAGUCAGGAGCUGAGUGCCCCCCAAAUCCCCACACACACUCACUCAGCAUCAAGACUGGAGACACAUAGACUGACACUUAAAAAGGACUCUGUACUAGUUAGUAACUUAAAAAAAGUGUAGCAAGAUGUAAAAUAUUCCAAUGGGAGAAAAGAAUGUGGUUUCAUGUCGAGCGUGAAUGGAAUGCCUAUGGCCUUGUGUAUUUGACUGUAUUUUAUUUCAUGUGAAUAAUGUCCUGUCAGAUUAUUGUGUUAUUAUGUUGAUUGUUAUUAUUUUAUUGAUGCUUUUCCUGUAAAGGUGGGGCAAAAAAUGAACAGAAAAACUGUACAUUGUGAGUUAAACUAACAAUUUUACACGAGUUGUGCUCUGAAAGAGAUGCUGAAUGUACUGUAAUUUUUUUUUCAAGCUGACAUGCGCGGGACAGACAGUGUGUCACUGUACUCUGCUAAGGCAACACUAUUAUUUAUUCAUCUAUUUAAAAGUGCAAUGAAGUGCUGCCGAUACACAUAUAAAGGGCAAUACUUAAUGUAAUGUACAAAAAAAAUCAUAACCACAGCAAAUACACUCUGAAAACGUAAAAAAAAAAAUAAUGCAAACUGCAAGCUACUAAACACAGCAGUAACCCUGAACUUAUGGCCUUUACUCUCUGUCAUACUCACUCUGUGCACCUGCAGUUAACAUUUUGUUUUGAUUAACUUACCGCAGUGUGUAUGUGUGUGUGUGUGUGUGUGCUAUGAACCUCUGGACAGGGGUCUCCUGAGACUCUGGAAAGUAGACAUUCAUAAGUGCAUUCAUGUUGGUGUACUGUGGUUCAUUUUGCCUGAGUGGAAAGGAUUACCCUUAAACCUUGUUUUUGUAAUAAAUAAAUCUGCUUGGAGAAAGCCAAAGUGGUA